GUGCACAUUCAGCUAUGAAGCAUACCCUUGAAUCAUCAGGAAGUUUGACCAAGGCCUUCAACUUUUUGGAUAGAUGGCUGCAUUUACAUCAUGAAGAAAGUUUAUUACAGUAUGAAAAUGAAAGUAUAUGUAUCAAUCCAUUGUUAAUACAAGAUGAUAAAGAACGAUUAGGGCCACUUUUGGAAAAACUUUACAUGAUAGAAACACAAUAUAUAAGUUUUUUGGAUGAACAGCAAAAGUCUACCCUUUUAGAUAAACUUGACGAUGUUUUAUCAAUUCUGGUAGAUAAACUUUCUAAUAUCAAAGUGCCUGAAGGAAUUAAAGGAGAAGGCCGACCUUCUGGAACUAAACGAUUAUCAACAGCAUUAGAGC